AUGGAUGAUAUCGAUCUUGAGGAUGAUAACGCCGCGAUGGCAGCCAUGAUGGGUUUCUCUGGGUUUGGACAAAACCCGCUCACCAAAAAACGCAAAUUCAAUGCCGCGACCGAUGCAUUUGUCGAAGGCGCAGAGAUGGAGAAGAUUGACCGGGGAGGGAAGAAGGGACAGGGGAGCGGUGGGAAUCAGAUUCCAUUGGGGAAGAUGAGGGUUUUGGGAGAAAAAGCUGUGGAGUCGAGGAAUGAGGAGGAGAUUGAUUUGGGGGACGAUGAGGAAGGAGAUCAAGCUGGAGAGGAUGAGGGACCGAGAUAUUUGGAUACGAGUGCGCCGCCUCCGAUAUUCGAUGAGGCUGGAGCAGGGGAACCUGUAGUGGGUCAAGUGGAAGCAUCGGAGGAUCCAGCGAUACUGGAGCAGAGACGGAAAGCACAGGAGCAAAUCGAUGCGAUUCUUGCUGCUGCGCCUGCCGGUGAGUCGGCAGAUACAAAUACAAAUACAUUGCAAGCAGUGCCGGCACGAUUGCAUGGGCUUCCGGAAAGACCAGUACAUAAUAAUAUGGGAUUUACGGGAGGUAGGGGUGGUGGAAGCGGUAGGGGAGCAAGAAAUGCAGGAAAUGAUGCAGGGAGCAUGGCCAGUUCAAGACAUAGUGGAAGGGGAUCAUUCAAUAAGACAUGGUAUGAAGGGUAUUAUGAUCGAAGUUUCAAUGAGAAUCCAUGGGCAAAAUUGGAACAGGAGAGGGGACUGGAAAUCAAGGGCAGCUGGGUCUAG